ACCGCCCUUACGCAUAUAUAUAAAUAUAAAUACACAAUUAUUAUUUUCGCGGAUUUUCCUCUGGCUCCUAACGCUCCUCACACUUUCUCUCUCCUCCUCUGAUCUUUUUUCCGUGACUCGCCUCCAUACUUUCUCUCUCCUAUCCGAGUCGGUGGUCCGAGCUUCGUCAGAUUUGCUUUUCUUUUCCGAUUCUGUGGUUUUAGGGACAGAAAUGGAGGAGGACGGAGAUGUUGGGAAGAAAAUCACGAUUGGAGUAUGCGUGAUGGAAAAGAAGGUGAAAAGUGGUCCCGAGAUGUUCUCGGCGCCAAUGAAACAGAUCCUUGAUAGAUUACAGGCAUUUGGUGAAUUUGAGAUAAUACAUUUCGGAGACAAGGUCAUUCUUGAAGAUCCAAUAGAAAGCUGGCCUAUAUGUGAUUGCUUGAUUGCCUUCUAUUCCACUGGAUAUCCUCUUGAGAAGGCCGAAGCAUAUGCUGCUUUAAGAAAACCUUUCCUUGUCAAUGAGCUGGAGCCACAACACCUGCUUCAUGACCGAAGGAAGGUAUAUGAGCGUCUUGAAAUGUUUGGAAUUCCUGUUCCAAGAUAUGCCCUUGUAAAUAGGGAGGUGCCUCGUCAAGAACUGGACUAUUUUGUUGAGGAAGAAGACUUUGUUGAGGUCCACAAUGAGCGUUUUUGGAAACCUUUUGUGGAAAAGCCUGUUCACGGGGAUGAUCAUAGUAUAAUGAUAUACUACCCUAGCUCAGCAGGAGGAGGAAUGAAGGAAUUAUUUAGAAAGGUUGGCAAUCGUUCUAGUGAGUUCCAUCCAGAGGUUAGAAGAGUGAGACGUGAAGGCUCCUAUAUAUAUGAGGAAUUCAUGCCAACUGGAGGAACAGAUGUCAAGGUAUACACAGUUGGUCCCGAAUAUGCACAUGCUGAGGCAAGGAAGUCUCCUGUUGUCGAUGGUGUUGUCAUGAGAAACCCCGAUGGCAAGGAAGUACGAUAUCCUGUUUUAUUGACACCUAUGGAGAAGCAAAUGUCAAGAGAAGUCUGUAUGGCAUUCAGACAAGCGGUUUGUGGAUUUGAUCUCUUGCGUUGUGAGGGACGCUCCUAUGUUUGUGAUGUGAACGGGUGGAGCUUUGUGAAGAACUCUUACAAGUAUUAUGAUGAUGCUGCUUGUGUGCUUAGGAAGAUGCUUUUAGAUGCUAAAGCUCCUCAUCUUUCUUCAGCAAUUCCACCAACUUUACCAUGGAAAACUAACGAACCAAGCCAACCUUCUGAGGGGUUAACUCGCCAAGGAAGUGGAAUCAUUGGUACAUUUGGGCAAGCUGAGUUGCGAUGUGUAAUCGCCAUCAUUCGCCAUGGUGAUAGAACUCCAAAGCAAAAGGUGAAGCUGAAAGUCACUGAAGAAAAGUUGCUAAACUUGAUGUUAAAGUACAAUGGAGGAAGGCCUAGAUCUGAAACGAAACUGAAAAGUGCUGUGCAGUUGCAAGAUCUGCUAGAUGCCACUCGGAUGCUUGUUCCUCGUACUAGGCCAGGUCGAGAAAGUGACAGUGAAGCAGAAGACUUUGAGCAUGCUGAAAAGCUUCGUCAAGUUAAAGCUGUCCUCGAAGAGGGCGGACAUUUCUCUGGAAUUUAUAGAAAGGUUCAACUUAAGCCACUAAAAUGGGUCAAAGUAGCAAAAGCUAAUGGUGAAGGUGAGGAAGAACGGCCUGUUGAAGCCCUAAUGGUUCUUAAAUACGGGGGUGUCCUUACACAUGCAGGAAGAAAACAGGCUGAAGAACUUGGUAGAUAUUUCAGAAACAAUAUGUAUCCAGCAGGUGAAGGAACUGGCCUGCUUCGCCUCCAUAGUACAUAUCGUCAUGAUCUUAAAAUCUACAGUUCUGAUGAGGGCCGUGUGCAGAUGUCCGCAGCUGCAUUUGCCAAAGGCCUCCUUGAUCUAGAGGGACAGCUAACGCCAAUCCUGGUCUCUCUUGUGAGUAAGGACUCAUCUAUGUUGGAUGGACUUGACAAUGCCAGUGUUGAGAUAAAAGAAGCCAAGGAAAGGCUUAAUGAGAUUAUAACUUCUGGUGCAAAGACAGUUGAUAGCAAUGGAUCACCUUUAUGGAUGAUGGAUGGAGCUGGCCUUCCAUCAAAUGCUUUUGAACUUCUACCCAAACUGGUCGAGCUUACUAAGAAGGUUACAGAACAAGUGAGAUUGCUAGCCAAGGAUGAAGAUGAAGAAUUUAUUGAGUCCAGCGCUUAUGAUGUGAUUCCCCCUUAUGAUCAAGCAAAGGCCCUUGGCAAGACUAAUAUUGAUGUUGACCGUAUUGCUGCUGGGUUACCAUGUGGUAGUGAAGGAUUUCUUUUGAUGUAUGCUCGCUGGAGAAAGCUUGAAAGAGACUUGUAUAACGAACGAAAAGUGCGGUUUGACAUCACACAAAUUCCGGAUGUCUACGACUCAUGCAAGUAUGAUCUUUUGCACAAUGCACAUCUUAAUUUAGAAGGCUUGGAUGAGCUCUUCAAAGUGGCUCAGUUACUUGCAGAUGGUGUCAUCCCAAAUGAGUACGGAAUCAAUCCAAAGCAAAAGCUCAAGAUUGGCUCAAAGAUUGCUCGACGUCUGUUGGGUAAGAUUCUGAUUGAUCUGAGAAACACUCGGGAAGAAGCCAUCAGUGUUGCUGAGCUAAAGAGUAAUCACGAUCAAAAUUCAGAUUUGUCGUCGGAAAAGGAUGAUGUGGAGUAUCCUUCCAAGUUCUACAGUACGAAUGAUGACAUGAAAAGAUCAAGCACUAACGAUAUAUUAAAGGUUAAAACUAAGAAUGAUGACAUGAGAAGAUCUAGCACUACAAGUGACAUAUCGAUGGACCAGGAUGAUGACGAUGACAAGGAGACCAAAUACCGCCUGGAUCCAAAGUAUGCAAAUGUAAAGACACCUGAACGCCAUGUGCGCACACGCCUCUACUUCACAUCAGAAUCACAUAUCCAUUCUCUCAUGAAUGUCCUCCGGUAUUGUAACCUGGAUGAAUCUCUUCAAGGAGAGGAUAGCCUUGUGUGCCAUAGUGCUUUGGAGCGCUUAUACAAAACUAAGGAGCUUGACUAUAUGAGCUACAUCGUGCUCAGAAUGUUUGAGAACACAGAGGUAGCUCUAGAAGACCCAAAAAGAUUCCGGAUUGAGAUGACUUUUAGCCGUGGUGCAGAUUUAUCUCCUCUGGAGAAGAACGACAUUGAGGCAGCUUCAUUACAUCAAGAACAUACACUGCCGAUAAUGGGUCCAGAGAGGCUUCAAGAAGUGGGAUCAUAUCUUACACUGGAGACGAUGGAGAAAAUGAUUCGACCAUUUGCAAUGCCAGCUGAGGAUUUCCCUCCACCAUCGACGCCUGCUGGGUUCUCUGGAUAUUUCUCGAAAAGCGCGGCGGUGCUUGAGCGACUGGUAAAUCUUUGGCCUUUCCAUAAGCAUGCAAAUUCGAAUGGAAAGUAAGAAGCUCUCUUUGUUUUUCCUCUUUUCAUUAACGGCCCAUCUCCGUCUUAACCGUAAUCUGAACUAAAGGUUGGUUGAACGAUCGAAGUCGGUAACUUUGAGCUCUUCUUGGGAAAACACGGGAAACAACAAAUCGACUUUUAAUCUUUGAAAGGAAAAAAAAAAUCGACUUCUUGUUUCUGACGUCGGAAGUAAACGUGGUAAUCGGAACUGACAUAGUUUUCAGUUUUUAUGGGUUUUUUUUUUUUUUUAAUGUGAAUAAUAAUUAUGUUCGGUUAAUGAUCUUUUUCACACGUCACCGCAAAAUUGGUGUCGUGUAAAACUUUAGUUCCUUGCGUUCAGAUUUCAGAUUCUUUAAUGCCAGAAGUUUCUUGUUCUGUAAUAGGAUUCGCCCAAGUUUUCAAUCAGAUUUGUAAUAUUUUUUUGUUUAGUUUCUUCUCUUCCAUAAAUUCCCCAUUUCUCGAGGAGUUAAUUUCACUUAUCCUAUUGUUAUCUAUUAUUUUAUGACAAUUAACAAA